CCACAAGUCCGAAAGACGAGUGCCACAUUCGUGCAGGGCCCCAGUGUGUUCGUGCUCCUGACUGAGCUUUGGGUAUAUCUGCGCGCACCCGCUGUUUGCCGUCCUGAGUGACUUGAAAACGGGUAAGUACGCACGCGUGCCAACAAACAAGAAACCGCACAACGUGUGGAGGCAUCCAGAGCAUCCAGAUUCUCAGAAUCCAGCCGCUGUGAUUCGACUCUAGCGUCAACGGCUAGCCAUUGGCGGCGCUCGAGUGCAGGAAAACUCCCACUACGACAUCUCCUUCACCAUUCUUUGUCCACGCGCGCGUUAUCUUUAGUGCCAACGACGUCACCGCGAGAGCUCUACUGCAGCGCAACCUUUCACCGGCCAUCCUGCACCGCUGUCUUUACGCGUCGCACUGUCGACGCACCCCGCGCAUUCAAUCUGUCGCGCGCCCACACAGCUCAACCAAUUGAGAAUCAGGCAGCGACGUCACAAUGUCUGGCGCAGGGCCAUCUCUCUUUCCUGGGGAGGUCCCUUCAUGGUCUGUCCUGAAGUUUCCCCCAGAUGCUGCACCACCGCCCAUCACGAACCCCUACAGCGGCGAGCCGACUCUCGCAAACCCCUUCCAGAUCCCCCAGGAUAUUUUCGAGAAGGCGCUUGACCCCAAGGUUCCCUUGACUAUCGCCGCCGUCUACGCCGUUACCGUCACCUACCUCAACUGGUACAACCGCCAGCACGGUAACAAGCCGUGGAGGAUCGCCAGCCACGGCUGGUUCAAGGCAUUCGUUAUCGCCCACAAUGUCUUUCUCGCCGUCUACUCCGCAGUCACCUGCGUGGCUAUGUUUCAUGGCCUGAAAGCCUCCUUCCCUAACUGGAGGGAGCCCAAUGCCUUCGUUGGCACCGUCGACGCGCUCUGCAAGAUCCAGGGACCUCGUGGUCUCGGCGAUGCAGUUACAUACAACCCGGACGCGAACACUUGGGGAAGCAGGAAUACCAACAUUCACGUUGGCCCGAACGGUCUCCCAGACCGCACCGAUGUUGGCAGGAUGUGGAAUGAGGGUCUUGCUUUCUGGGGCUGGUGGUUCUACCUCUCCAAGUUCUACGAAGUCCUUGAUACCGUCAUCAUUCUGGUCAAGGGAAAGCGUAGCACGACUCUCCAGAAGUACCACCACGCUGGUGCUAUGCUGUCUAUGUGGGCUGGUAUGCGUUACAUGUCCCCGCCUAUCUGGAUGUUCGUCCAGAUCAACUCCGGUAUCCAUGCCAUGAUGUACACAUACUACACUCUCUCCGCUCUCGGCUACCGCGUGCCCAAUUUCGUCAAACGCACCCUCACCACGAUGCAGAUCACCCAGUUCCUCGUCGGCGCCAGCUUCGCUGCUCUCCACCUCUUCGUCUCGUACACUGUCCCGGUUUCGGUCGCACACAAGAUUGCUGAGCAGGUCACCUCUAGCGUACAGCCUUCCUCCAUCGCAUCUACUGUCUCGUCUGCCGUCUCGUCCGUGACCGAGUCCGCUACUGCAGUUCUGCCUACCGCGACUGGCCCAGCUCUUGCUUUCCUGUGGAAGCUGGUCUACCGCGCAGCUGGCGACGAGGGUCUUGCUGAGAACAUCCCCGUACCCGGGUCCUCUCUCAUUCCUGCGCACCAAUCGCACACCCCUACUGUUGUCGCUGCCCACCACGAAAAUCCCGUUCAGCGCCUGCUCCACCCUCACACCACCCACACCGUGGACAGGGUCGUCUAUCGCACUGAGUACCAGCACGCUCCCUGCAUUGACACUUCUGGCCAGGCAUUUGCCAUCUAUCUCAACUUGAUCUACCUUGCUCCUCUUACGGGUCUCUUCAUGCGCUUCUUCGUCAAGUCCUACUUCCGCCGCACAAACUCCCGGGCUAAGCAUCAGUCCAAGCACACACCCAUCUCGAAGGCCGCUGGUGACGCUAUCCACGGUGUCGAGCGUGAGAUCGAGUCGAUCAGCGAGGAGGGCAAGAACGGCAGCGCCAACAAGGGCUCCGUUCGCGGACGCAAGGGUGUUAACGGCGACGCUAAGAACCCCCGUUCAAGUCUGAGCCCUUCGAACGAAGACUUCGUUAAGAAUGUCAACCGCAAGGUCAGCGAGCGCCUGCAGAAGAUCAAUGAUGAUGCUCAGGCUACAACUGAGAAGGCAAAGGAGAUCGCAACGGAUGUCGUCAGCAAGGCCAGCGAGACCAAGGACAAGGUCCAGCAACAAGUCAAGGAGACAAACGACAAUAUCGAGGAGAAGGCACAGCAGAACAGUGACGACGUGAACGCUGAGCGGGAACAGGGCCAGAACGAUGUUGCUAGCACACCGGCCGGCACGCCGUCGAAGAAGAAGAGGAACAGGAACAAGAACAAAAACAAGCAGGCGCAAAGCGUAGAGAGCCUGAAUGAUGUCUCCGACGAUGAGCACCCCGAGCGCAAAACUGAGAAGGAGCCCGAGCCCAAGGACAUCAACAACACACUUGACAAGAGCGAGGGCAGGGGUCUGUUCUAGGCAUACUACCUCAUGCCCUGAGGCUAGGGCAAAUUCAACAUGACAGUAUGAAAAGCAAUGAGGAUUCCGCUUCGAGAAGUGUGUUAGUGGGCCUUAUACCAUUUCCUUUCUUCGAGUAGACCAAUAUGCAUGGUGAAGGCGCUGCAUAGAGGUUUGUCACUAAGGAUCUCAUCAGAAUUGUAUAUAAAAGUCGACCAAGGUGGAUGAACAAGUCAGCGUUUGG